AUUUAUAUCCCUUUUAGAAGGUGAUCCAUAAAUGUUGGGUCUCUGCCUUUCCCUAGGAAAAGAAGGAGAAAAUGACCAAGUCUCAGGAGCCAGUGAUGUUCAAGGAUGUGGCUGUGGUCUUCACCGAGGAGGAGCUGGGGCUGCUGGACCCGUUCCAGAGGAAGCUGUACCGAGACGUGAUGCUGGAGAACUUCCAGAACCUCGUCUCAGUGGGGAAUCAGCCUUUCAAACCAGACCUUAUAUUUCAGCUGGAAAGAGAAGAAAAGCAUUUGAUGAUGGAGACAGAAACCCAGAGAGAUGGGUGUUCAGGCACCAAGAACCAACAUAAUAUGGAAAGUAUUCAAGAAGUGGGAUUAAGCUACUUUUCUCCCAAAGAGCUUUCCUUCUGGCAAACCUGGCAACAAAGUGCAGUAGAUAACUAUUAUUGGGAACAUGGAACAUCAAGCAGUAUUGCAUCCUGUCCUGUAUGCCAUCUUAAGCAGGGAUGAGGUAAAUUUACCAUUUGGUCUCUUUCUGUAUACUAUCAGUUUAAAUUUAGCUCUGUGUCUGUGUCUGUGUCUGUGUCAGUGUGUAUGUAUGUGCACUUUAAAUGACAGUGCAAACUGAUAAUGUUUCUGGUUAACUUUUAAAAAAUGGAACACCGCAUUUUACAUCAUUGAAUUUUUAGUCUUGCCUGUGUGUUAAGGCAGAAUUUUACUGUAAUAUUUGACGAGUGUCAG